AUGUUCUCACAAGCAAACAACCCACGAGUACCACGCGGGCCAGUCGAGGCUGAGAUAGUAUUUUUUGAAGACCCCGCUGAUGGCUCCGCACCCUUCAAUUACGUGGAGGAGCCACCGGAGGGACAGCCCCAGCGGAACUACAGUGAUGUCUCACAUAAAGUUCAAAUUGCCGAUAUCCGAGGGCAAGAAGAUCAGUUCACUUUAGACCACGACGCAUUUCAAGUUCUACAAGGCAUCCCUUCGAAAACUACAUACGAGACGUUCAAUUCCGACGAUGCUGUGAAACAGUUAUAUUACCCCGAGGUGGAAAAGCUACUCCUGGACAAGAUUCCCGGGGCCCACAAAAUCAUCAUAUUUGACCACACCAUCCGACGAGCCGAUCCCAACGCGUCACGCCAACCCGUCCAGCGAGCACAUGGGGACCAGACUAGAUGGUCCGCAGCCCAGCGAGUCCGUCGACAUGUUACUGACCCAGAAGAAGCCGAAAAGCUGCUUCAGGGGCGGUAUCGUAUUAUCAACGUCUGGAGGCCAAUAAAUGGCGCGGUUGAAUCGUUCCCCCUGGCUUUUGCCAAAGCUGCGUCUUUGGGCGACACGGAUUUCGCCAAGAUUGAACAUCGCUAUCCUCACUUUAGUGGCGAGAUUAUGGGCGUGAGAUACAAUCCAAAUGCAGAGUGGAAGUAUCUUUCCGGGGUGGACGAUAAUGAAAGACUGCUUCUAAAGUGCUCGGAUACGGAGGAGGGCAUGGCAGAACGUGUACCUCACACUGCCUUCGUGGAUCCUCGCACGGCCCCCGAUGCCAAGGGGAGGGAAAGUAUUGAAGUGAGGACCAUCGUAUUUGGAUAG